UCCUGCUCCGAGGCAGGCGCGCUCUGCGUGUGCUCAGAGGCGCGCGCGUGGUGCAGGGCAGAGGGAGUCCCCAGCCCUGCCUUGGGGGCGGCGGAGUCGGCUGGGGAGCCCUUGCAGGCCAGGACGGAGCCCCACCCAGCACCCCCCUGGCUACCUCCUCCUCCUGCUCGCUGGUGCCCCAAAAAAGACCCCCCCUGGAUGUAUGCAAUGCAUGUGAUUCCAGAGAGAGAGAGAGAGAGAGAGAGAGAGAGAGAGAGAGAGAGAGAGAGAAUGUGAGCUUGGUUUGCUCCACCUUGCAAGAGUUAAAAGGUACUGAGCUGCAUUCCUAGAGAGGACAGGAAAUAAGGGGGGACGACGACGAGCAAAAGCCCCUCCCACCUCCCAAGGUUCCUCCUUGCAAGGGGGUGACUUUUAUUUCCUCUGCAAGAGCUGUCUAGGUAGCCCCUUCUGUCAUCUGGAUUCUCUGGCACCUCUCAUUAGGACAGGCAGAACUUGGCAGAAGACCUAGGGACUCCUUCCGAUCUCCUGGGAACAGAGAUGGAUGAGCAAGACUCAGCUGGCCCUGAAGCAGGAAGAGGUCAUGCCAUGGAAACGGAGAGCAGUGGGGAAUUCUGGGAAAACUCUGUGAAGAAGGAACUGGGUGAGGAGGACACCCCUUGCUCAGAGGUGCAGAGCCAGCAGCUCAGGCAGUUCUGCUACCAGGAGGCCAAAGGACCCCGAGAGGUUUGCAGCCAGUUCUACCAUCUUGACCAUCAGUGGUUGAAGCCGGAAAGGCACACGAAAGCUGAGAUGCUGGACCUGGUGAUCUUGGAGCAGUUCCUGGCUGUCCUUCCAGCGGAGAUGGAGAUCUGGGUGCGGGAAUGUGGAGCAGAGACCACUUCCCAGGCGGUGGCCCUGGCCGAAGGUUUCCUCCUGAGCCAGGCAGAGGAGAGGAAGCAGGCAGAGCAGCAGGGGAAGGAUUCGUUAGCAGAAAUGGGUCCAGAUUCCUCUGAGGCAGAGAAGACUCCCUUGGACUCCAGAGAGAGGCCUCUGGGAGACGGAACGAGGCCAGCAAGACCUGCUUGUCCAUCUUUUCUUGGUGGCGGAGGGGAAGCUGCCCCUGUGGACCCAGAGCAGGGUCCAGUGUGCUUUGAAGAUGUGGCUGUCCAUUUCACAGACGAGGAGUGGGCGUUGCUGGAUCCUGACCAGAGAGCUCUCCAUAAGGAAGUCAUGGAGGAGAAUCGUGGGAUCUUGGACUCUCUCGUUUCAGGUGGGGAUGAAUUGGAAAUGAAGAACAAGGGAGACCACAACGAAAUCCACACAGUGGAGGAGCCAUAUCAGGAUUCAGACUGUGGAGAGAGCUUCAGUCAGAGCUCCCAUUCCAUUUCCCAUCAAAGAAAUCCCCUUGAGAAGAAACACUAUCAGUGCUUGGAAUGUGGAAAGAGAUUCAAACGGAGUGCCCAUCUCACUUCCCAUCAAAGGAUUCAUACAGGGGAGAAACCAUAUCACUGCUUGGAGUGUGGAAAGAGCUUCAGUCACAGCCACGAUCUUACUUCCCAUCGUAGAAUUCAUACAGGAGAGAAACCCUAUCAGUGCUUAGAAUGUGGAAAAAGCUUCAAUCAGAGGGCCCAUCUCACGUCCCAUCAAAGGAUUCAUACAGGGGAGAAACCCUUUCAGUGCGUGGAAUGUGGAAAAAGCUUCAGUCAGGGCUCCAAUCUCACUGCCCACCGUAGAAUUCAUACAGGGGAGAAACCAUAUCACUGCUGGGAGUGUGGAAAGAGCUUCAGUCAAAGCCACAAUCUCACUUGCCAUCGUAAAAUUCAUACAGGGGAGAAACCAUAUCACUGCUUCAGUCACAGCCACGAUCUCACUUCCCAUCGUAGAAUUCAUACAGGGGAAAAACGCUAUCAGUGCGUGGAAUGUGGAAAGAGAUUCAGAAAUUGCUCAGAUCUCACUUCCCAUCGUAGAAUUCAUACAGGGGAGAAACCCUAUCAGUGCUUGGAGUGUGGAAAGAGCUUCAGCUGGAAACAGAGUUUUGCUUUCCAUAAAAAAAUACAUACAGGGGAGAAACCGUAUCAGUGCAUGGAAUGUGGAAAGAGCUUCAGUCAAAACCGCAGUUUCGCUUCCCAUCUAAGAAUUCAUACAGGGGAGAAACCCUUUCAGUGUCUGGUAUGUGGAAAGAGCUUCACCAGGAAAGAAAGUCUCACAUCCCAUCACAAAAUCCAUACAGGGGAGAAAUCCUAACAGUGCGUGGAAUGAGGAAAGAGCUUCAGUCAAAGCAACAAUCUCAUUUCCCAUCAGAGAAUUCACACAGGGUAGAAACUAUUUCAGUGCCAAGAGUGUGAUCGGAGGGAUUUAUGAAAGUCUUGUCUCAUUUUUAAAGUUCUUAACACAAUUGGAGCUCUUAAAAGGACUUAGAGCUCCCUGAAAAAGCUAAAAUCAAGACAGGUUUGGACAAGUUUGUUUCUCUUUGAAGGAAAAUAUUUCUUCUACUCUGAGCCACUUAAAGAGAAUUGGAUUGAAGACAAACACUCUUGUCUGGACACCUAAAUUGCUAUGUAUUCUUGAACACAUUCUUUUUUUCUUUUUUAUGAUUCCUCUCUUAAAGUAAUUAUUUGGUUUAUUUGUUUUAUUCGAAUCUUAAUUUGAGAAAUUGGAUUUUAUGUUAAACAGCUUAUGUGUGUUGGGGAUCAGGCUGGAAGGAAGAGGGAGGGCUGGAAAAAUCAGGAAACAGGAUCUCUUAGGAAAGAGUUAUUCUGUGACCUUGACAAACUGAUAAGGUGCUGCUGGAAAAUAGGCUUCUUUGAGAACAAGGGAGAGGGAGAUUUUGAAUAUGGCAGUUCAAAAACAGUUAACACCAGGCCUGUGUUAAAUUUGGAGAAGCUAUUAGCCCGAAUUGAUAAAAAUCAUUAAAUGGUGACAAAUUUGACCACUAAAGUAGAGACACUGACAAAGAAAACAGAAGCACUAGAUAUCUCCAUGAAAGGAAGGGAAGAGAAGUCUGAAAAGCUGGAAGACAAAAAAUGGAAAUCAGAACAGGAGACGCUUAGGAUUGAUGUGGACGGUUUGGGUGG